CGCGCGUGGAGUCUGAAAGGAAAGCAGCUCACAGACCGUGAAGUGAACACACGGAGACGGACGCGCUCAUGAUGAGAACAGCCCGUCCAAUUAUCCGUGUGCCCCCUUUGGACACUCCCUUCUCACUUCACUGCUUACUCAACCACGAAAUCCAGCGCUGGAUUCCAAGAUACUGUUCGCAUGGAGCUUUAAAACUGGACAGAGGCAUGAAAGCCCAGAAGAGGAGUCGGAGAGAGGCGAGCUCGUUCGUUUGGUGUCAUGAUUAACGUCCCGUUUUCGCUCGUUUGCUCCUGAGAUCAUCUAGAAAACAAGUCAAGUGGUCCUGACCUACCUGAUGAGGAGCAGCGAGAACAGCAGAUCCCACAAAGUAGUAAUGGCUGCACCUGAUCUUUUAGAUCCUAAAUCAGCCACGCACAACACCAAACCACGGCUGUCAUUCUCCUCCAAGCCCAUCGUGUACAACUCUGGAGAUGAUUGUGAGAGCAUAACCACCGUAAUGAAGUGGAAAACAGUGCUGGCCAUCUUCCUGCUGGUGGUCCUGUACCUGAUCAUCGGUGCCACUGUGUUCAAAGCACUGGAACAGCCUGAGGAGGGCUUGCAGAAGUAUCGCAUCAUCCAGGAGAAGAUCGACUUUCUCUCAAUGCACACCUGUGUCAACACCUCGGAGCUGGAGGAUCUGGUCAAGCAAGUGGUGUUAGCCAUCCGGGCCGGGGUCAAUCCAUCCGGUCACCCCUCCAAUGAGAGCAGCAUGUGGGACCUCAGCAGCUCCUUCUUCUUUGCUGGGACCGUCAUCACUACUAUAGGGUUUGGAAAUGUUUCUCCACACACAGAAGGAGGCAGGAUCUUCUGCAUUAUCUACGCCCUGUUGGGGAUCCCACUCUUUGGCUUUCUCUUGGCUGGAGUGGGCGAUCAGCUGGGAACCAUAUUUGGCAAAGGAAUCGCCAAAGUGGAAAAGAUGUUUGUGAAAUGGAACGUGAGCCAGACUAAAAUCCGUGUGACGUCCACAGUCCUCUUCAUCCUGUUCGGGUGUCUUCUGUUUGUGGCUCUUCCUGCCCUUAUCUUCCAGCACAUUGAAGGCUGGAGCGCUCUCGAGUCCAUCUACUUUGUUGUCAUCACUUUGACCACAAUUGGAUUCGGAGACUUUGUGGCAGGGGGCUCGGAGAUUGAAUAUCUGGACUAUUAUAAGCCCAUCGUAUGGUUCUGGAUCCUGGUGGGUCUUGCGUACUUUGCUGCUGUUCUCAGUAUGAUUGGAGACUGGCUUCGGGUCAUCUCCAAAAAGACCAAAGAGGAGGUGGGAGAGUUUCGUGCUCACGCUGCAGAAUGGACGGCUAACGUGUCCGCUGAGUUCAAAGAGACGCGCCGACGCCUGAGCGUGGAAAUCUAUGACAAGUUUCAGCGGGCCGCGUACAUCAAACGCAAGCUGUCAUCAGAGCUGGGCCAAAACCCAGGCCAGGACAUGAUGCCAUGCAAGCGAACCCUGUCUGUAAACUUCACAGAUGAACUGGAGAAGGAAGGUCUCCCUACUUUGACCAAAAACGGCAGUCUCUAUCUGAAUGGGCUUACUCCAGACUGUCCCGAUUGCAGUGAGAUUUCCAUCAUUGAACAUCUCAAAUAAGCCUCCCGAGCACAUACUAAAAUGUAAGCAGAGGAAGAUGCGUUUGAGUCUACAGCGGUGUUUUCUCACAGAGCUAUCGGAAACUUUCAUGUCUUUCCUGGAUGUACACAGAUACAGUUUUCAACGUACUGAACUCAGAAAGAGCGUGACUUUAUGUGCCAGUCAAACGAAUCAUUUUUUUAUAAGAGAUGUUUAAAAGAAGUCUGUGUUACUGAAAAGGAAAUCAUAUUUGUGCCUUAAAACCCACCAGGAAAAGACUUCCCAGAAGCUGCUACACUGGAUCCUGUGGAUAAAUGAAAUGUAUUGUGUUUUUAAGAGAUUGAAACAGCAGUCUUGUCUAAACAUCAACCAACUUAGGAAGCGUUUACACAUCUAAACAACUUUUUUUUGUAACUCAUAUUGCUUAGUUUACAUGACAACAAUAAAAGCAAGCUGAUAAUGGUUUUCAUAGUUCAUUUUUAAAAAGCACAUUGUUAUUAUCUGCGUAACUAGUCUUGAUAUUGAUCAUCGCUAUAAAGGGCCGUGCACACCGAGACGAUUUUUGCUUGUGUUUUCCGUCGAUGUUUAACGCCUCAUGACUAAAUAAAGGGGGUUGAUGUGAUCGUGCACACCAAAGCGCAAAACGACAGGCGUAAAAGCAUAAUUGAAAAAAAAGCCCUCAUGCUCGUUUUUUUUUUUUUUUUUGGUUUAACACAACCUUCUCUACCAAUUAGGUUGACACUUUUGUCAUCUAACCAUCUAACGUCAAGGAGUGAUUUUGCAUACUCUUCUGCUCGACGCCAAUCGAAAAUCGAAAAGCGCCCCACAGUGCCUUUACACUGUAAAAAAUUGCUUAGGAUUGUUGUCCUAACACACACUCAAUAUUUAUUUAUUUUUUUGCUGCUUGUUUAAACUACUUAUUUAAA